CGUCUUCUCCAUCACUUGUGCUCUGUCCUGGUUCCUCUGUUUACACUACACUGUUUCACUCAGCACAGCCAAUACCGAGAUCAACCAAAAAGGUACCAUCUCUUCUCUUCUGCCCUUUCAGCUUAAUUAAUUCCUCCAUCGCUAUUCAAUUCACGCUUUUGAUUCUUAGCUAUCAGCAGCAGCAGCAGCCUUCUGUUGGAAUUGCUAUAAGUUAUAGAAUUGGAAUUGUUAGCUUAGCAGGUGAUGCGCGCAGGGAUAUAACUGCUUUGUUGUUGAGGAGAGCUUGAUAAUUAGCAGUCUGGUAGCUACUAUGGGUGGAAUGUGUGAUUUCUGCGGAGAGCAAAGAUCCAUUGUGUACUGUCGAUCAGAUGCGGCCAGUUUAUGCCUCUCCUGCGACCGUAAUGUCCACUCCGCAAAUGCUCUCUCAAGACGUCACCCUAGGACUCUGCUCUGCGAAAGAUGCACCAGCUCUCAGCCUGCCUUUGUCAGAUGCGUCGAGGAAAGGAUCUCUCUCUGCCAGAAUUGCGAUUGGGCGGGGCACUCUGCUGCUCCUGCAAAUGCUCAUAAGAGGCAAAUCGUCAGUUGUUACACUGGAUGUCCAUCGUCUUCAGAAUUGGCUGGUAUCUGGUCAUUUCUCUUGGACUCCGACCAGGGCAUGCCAAACUCUGAAGAAGAAGGAUCCGUUCCGGCGGAAGCACCGUCGGCUAGUGGCGCGCACACGCCUCUGUUGGAACCAUCAUCAAUCGCUUCAAUUAACCCUGACUUUCAGAAUCUGGACCUCAGAGCUGGAGAAGCAGCAAUUCCCAGGUAUCCGAAAUGCAGUAUUUAUGACGAUGACUUCAACAUGGAUGAAAUUGACUUCCGCAUUGAAGACUACGAAGAACUUUUUGGUGGAGAACAGAAUUUGGAUGACAGCAGAAUCAGUGAGAUGAAGGACAUGUCAGAAUCUGACUGUCAUGGAGCUUGCCCUUGUCCCGCUGAGAUAUCAUCACCAUCGAUUGGAGUAGCACGAACGAAAAUGCAAUCAGUAGCAGCAUGUAGCAGCAACACAGCAGAUUCCAUGGUUAGCAGCAAGACAGAACCUAAUGCAUCUUUCACAUGGCAAGCACAAUCCAGCCUCUCAUUCCCCAAUCAUACAGCCGGAGAGAUUAGUGCCGCCACUGCAGAUCAUCAGGAGGGCACAGAGCCACCGUGGAGCCGCAAGAGCGACGCAGUCAGGCGAUACCAAGAGAAAAAGAAGACGCGCAAAUUCGAGAAGAAGGUGCGAUACGAGUCGCGCAAAGUGAGGGCAGAUUCAAGGAAGCGAGUGAAGGGCCGGUUCAUCAAAGCUGGCGACGCUUACGAUUACGAUCCCCUAAAGGAAACCCGAAGCUGCUGAAAAUAUGUAUACUUAUUGCUACAACUAUGGAUCUCAACAUUGCAGUAUUGUAAUCUUGGUGCUGUGUGUGUAUCCCAAUCCGUUUCCUGCAUCAGACACCACAUUUCACUAAUCUAACUGAAAUUCAAGAACAUGGAAUGGUAGUGUAGCCAAUGCAGGUUUGCAUUCUUUCUUUU